CAGAGUCUUAAGAAGGAAAGAAACAAUCCAACAACCGUUAUAACUAUAGCCCCACACAGCCACAAUGACCACAUAUUCAAUUCUUAGCAUUAAUGUGGAGUGUAGAUAUAAGCAUAUAACAUAUCAUUUAAUCAUCACAAUGAAGUGUCUAGUGUCUACUCUCUAUCCUAAGUACACUGCAGAUUGCAGAUAUCUAAAAGGAUCAGAAUGAAGCCUCUUCAAGUGACACAAGCACAACAAGACCCUCAGAGUCACACCGAUUGCAUUGAUCAAGCUUCAGACAAAAGCAUAGUAGUUCCCAACAAACAUGUCACAAUAGCUGAUAGCUUCAAAGGCGAACAUUCAUGGUUCAUCACUACUCAUAUCCCAACAGACUUUUCAAUUCAAAUCCAAGAAACCACCUACAAUGUUCACAAGUUCCCAUUGAUAUCAAAAUGUGGCUACUUAGGAAGAUUGGAAGUCCAGCCUUUGAUCUCGAAUUCUGGCAAGGAGCUCAACCUCGAAAAUUUUCCAGGUGGAUCCAAGACAUUUGAAACAAUUCUAAAAUUCUGCUAUGGCUUCCCUAUAGAUUUCAACCCAGAAAAUGUGGCUGCACUGAGAUGCGCAGCGGAAUUCCUAGAGAUGACCGAAGAACUAGAAGAUGGAAAUCUCAUUUCCAAGUCUGAAGCUUUCCUAACAUUUGUUGUGCUCGCUUCAUGGAAAGACACCAUCACUGUACUGAAAUCUUGCGAAACUUUAUCUCCAUGGGCUGAGAACCUCCAAAUUGUCAGAAGAUGUUGUGAUUCCAUUGCUUGGAAAGCUACUAAAGAUGAACUCACUUGCGAAGAUGCAGCGCCUAAUCAAGAGACCUGGUGGUUCAAUGAUGUAGCCGACUUCCGCAUCGAUCACUUUAUGCGGAUCAUUUCAGCAAUAAGGGCGAAAGGAACUAAACCAGAGAUCAUAGGUAAAUGUAUCAUGCAGUAUGCAAAGAGAUGGCUACCAGGAAUGGAUAUGGAGUUAGAAGGAAUAAGAGGAUAUGGUCAUGGAAAAAGUAGCCUAGAGUUCAGUAUUUUUACUGGGAGAAAGAAAGAAAGCACAGGACACAGCAAGGAUCAAAAGACAAUUAUUGAAAACCUAGUCAGCAUAAUUCCCCCUCAGCAAGGAGCUGUGUCAUGCAAAUUUUUGUUGCAGAUAUUAAAGCUGGCAAGGAUGUAUUCUGUAUCGCAAGCUCUGACUUCAUACCUGGAAAAGAGAAUUAGUAUGGUUUUGGAAGAUGCUGAGGUGAAUGAUCUUUUAAUUCCAAGAUAUCAAAAUGAAGAAAUGGCCAACAUGCCUAAUUCUUCAGAUGAAUGCACUAUGCACGACGUAGAUGUAGUGCAACGAAUUGUGGAAUACUUCUUGAUGCAUGAACAACAGCAAAUGCAACAGCAACCAAAGUUGGGGAGAUUUAACAUUAGCAGGCUCUUGGACAAUUACCUAGCUGAAAUUUCAAGAGAUCCAAAUCUUUCAAUUACUAAGUUCCAAGUUUUAGCUGAAUUACUACCUGAAAACACUCGAACAUGUGAUGACGGUCUAUAUAGAGCCAUUGACACCUAUCUCAAGACCCAUCCUUCACUGACAGAACAUGACCGUAGAAGACUAUGCAAAACAAUGAAUUGUGAGAAACUCUCACUUGAUGGGUGUACACAUGCUGCACAAAAUGAUAGACUGCCUCUAAGAACAGUUGUACAGGUUCUAUUUUCAGAGCAAGUAAAGAUGAGAGCCACAAUGCAAGAGAAAGAGCAAGAACAAAGUGGAAUUAAUUCUGAACAGGAUGAAAACCAAACAUCUGCAAGUAUGGACAUCAAAACACUCAAAUCAGAGCUUGAGCAUGUAAAGUCCAAGAUGAUAGAACUGCAGAAAGACUACUUCGAAUUGCAACGGGAGUAUGAAAAGUUGAACAGCAAGCCGAAAAAUUCAACUGGCUGGAGUUUAAAUUGGAGGAAGAUUAAGAACUCAUUUCAUGUAAAACCAGCAGGAGAUGAAAUUGGAGAUGAACAGGAUGUAACAAAGUCACCAGAACCUGUUCAACAAAAAGGAACCCCUAGAAGAAGGACCUCGAUGUCUUAAAGUAUUUCAACAAAAGAAGAAAAAAAUCUCUUGUGAGAAAGACUUCUCUAGCCAUUUUUUGUAUGAAACAUAUAGAUUAAAUUAUGUACCUAAAAUUAUUAUGGACUCCGAAGACAGAAGUUCCUUGAUACUUGCAUACACAAACAAGUAAUAGAUGCUUAAUAAGAAAAUGAAAUUACUUUCUGAAUCCAUUGCAUCAAUUAUCCAAGUUCAUGGACUUCAAGGACAUAGUUUAUUGAGCAUUAAAUCAUUAACUCAUAUUUAGCAACAAUAGAAGAUGAGUUCAAAGGAAAAAAAAAAUUAAAAAAACUAAAACUCCAUAUCUGCAGAAAAAUGAAGCUGGAGAGGGAAUAAUGUUUGCAUUCGUAAUAUAAGCACUAUGCAGUUAAAUUGGAAACAUAAAUAACCAUACUAUCUGCUUUAAUACUAAAUAAAUUCCUUCUAGCUGCUGCUGAUUAUAUAUAUUUAUAUAAAACAACAAUACUUCAUAACUUAAAUUCCCAGGUGUUACAUUAUUAUGGCAUGCAUAUAUUGAUGAGCAUAGAAUAUAGAAACUUGAAAUAUAUUCAUUCCUGAUUUACUUAAACAUCAAUGUUGAUGAAACAAGGAUGCCCAUUUGAAUUCUAAACAAAGUUAUGAGACAGGACCACAUAAUUCUGGAGAUACGGUGGUCCAAAAGAAAAUGACUCCUCUGAAUAUUACGAAUGUACUAUACAACCUUGGAUCAGGGGCGGUGCUCAGGACAUGCCUGGGGCUCCCCCCACAAAAACACAAAAAAAAAAAAAAAAGAAAUUUUCAUACAUAAGUUCUUAAUUUUCUAGUUUGGGCCCUCCCCUUGAUUUUUUUUUUCUUUUUUUGCCUCCUCUGAAGUUAUAUUUUCAUGUUGCCCCCCUUCAAAUAAAACCUCUAGCUCCGCCCUGCUUGGAUCUCAGGUGAAAUAUUUGUUUGGCUUUUCCAAUCCAUGAUUUGAGUGUUGUUUGCAAGUUGGGAUUUUAUAUAGAAAAACGGAAAAGCGGCAGAGCUUGAAGAAUAAAGUGGACUCACAAUUGCUCUUCAAGAGUGAAAAAUCUUUUCAAAAAAAAAAAAAAAAAAAACUUUUCUUCCCUUUCUUCUCUUGUAAAACCUCAACUUACAAA